AUGAGCUUGCAACAAUCCAUUACUUUAAGCUCUGGCUAUCAAAUGCCCCUUUUAGGGCUAGGGACGUGGAAAAGUAGCGACGAUGAAGUCGGUAAUGCUGUUAAAGCUGCUCUUGAUUGCGGCUACAGGCAUAUUGAUUGUGCAAUGUGCUACGAUAAUGAAGAAUCGGUUGGUAAAGCAUUAAGCGAAAAAAUUGGUACCAGCGUCCAACGGGAUGAAUUGUUUAUCACUUCAAAAUUAUGGAAUACGAUGCAUGCACCUAAAGAUGUCAAGAUCGCUGUAGAAAAAACCUUAAAAGAUUUACAACUGGACUAUCUUGAUUUAUAUCUAAUACAUUAUCCUCAAGGAUUGGCUAAUCUAGGCCUGACCAACUGGGAGCCAACUAAUCCUGACGGUUCCUACAUCUACUCUGACGUUCAUUAUAAUGACACUUGGAAAGCGAUGGAAGAAUUGGUGGAUGAGGGUAAAGUCAAGUCAAUUGGCGUAUCCAACUUCAAUAGUAAGCAAAUUGAUGACGUAUUAGCUAACUGCAGGAUCAAACCAGUCAUCAACCAGAUCGAAAUACAUCCAUACUUUACUCAAAGUCCUUUGGUCGAUCAUUGUUUAUCUCGUGGUAUUUCGGUGACAGCUUUUAGCCCUCUUGGAUCUUUCGAUAGACCGCAGAAAAAAGAAAAUGAACCUGUACCACUAGAGGACGCUACAAUUAAAGCUAUUGCUAAAAAAUAUGGAAAAACGCCGGCUCAGGUCAUGAUUCGAUUCGCAAUCGAACGCGGUUUAACGGUUAUUCCAAAGAGUAAGUCGGCUGCAAGAAUAAAAGAAAAUGCUCAGGUUUUUGACUUUUCCUUAACGCCUGAAGAUAUGGACUCUAUAUAUUCUCUCAAUCGUAAUUGGAGAAGCUGCUCUUUUACUGUUGUAAUCAAUGGAGUUGAGUAUCCUGAAUAUCACGAUCAUCCGUUGUAUCCCUUUUAUGAGCCGUAUUAA